UUACUUAACGAUUGUUGUCAAGCGGCACAUAGAUGGUAUGCUAAAUAUGUAAACAUUGUUCAAAAUGAACAAUCCGCGAGAGCAUCUGCAUUGCAGCAGAAGAGGCUGCAGCUACACUACCAACAGGGCGUAUAACCUAGAGCGACAUGAACGGAAUCAUGACAAGGGCAAGGUACCAAUAUCGCAGUGCCAGCCGUGUCCACACUGCACAUAUGCCGCUGGAUCACUUCAUAAUCUAAUGCGACAUAUAAGUAAAAAGCAUACAGAAACGACGGUAAAAACACAGCAACAGGUUGCAACAGGCCAACAACCAGAUCAACAGAAUGAGAUGCCUACUACAAAGAAGUCCAUGUUGAAUUUAGAACCGCAUCCAAAGCUGGAGCAGACUGUGCAACAGCCACUGGAACAAUCCGCAGAUUCAUCGCUUUGGUUGUGGAGCACGCCGCAGCAACAGGAGAGAAAUUUCCUUAAGCGUAGUGGCCUUAAAGGCGAAUGUACGAUAUUAGAGCGCAGCGUGAAUCUGUUCAAGUAUAUUGUACGCACUGGUGAAAGCUCGAGGAGGAGCUCUUGAUGUGGAUGAAUGGGAUGAUAUCGCAGCAGCACUGGGCCUGCCACCAGGAUCAGGCUGUAGUGUUGGCGUCAAGUACAUGACGGUGAUUUUCGAAUUUGAGAAGAAAGAAGAAGACCGGUUACAAGAAUGCAUAAAAGUUGACGGUGUGCCGCCCUGGUGGGAUGACGGUGAUUUUAUCAACGUCAACAUGAAUUGUUUAUCCGGAGAUUCUGAAAGGUGUAGCCAAGGGUGGAAAGACAUGAAUCCUCAAUCUACUACUGUACAAAAUGCUGUAAUUAAAAUGAUUUACGAUAAGUAUUAUAGGAAUCACUUAAACAAUAGCAAACCGUUUCAACGCUUCUGCGUGAAGGACUCGUGGCUACGAGCUACAAUGUUGAAUUAUCAAGCGCUUAAGUCUCAACUACAUUUAAUACAUAGUUCUGCUUUCUGACUGCCUAAAUUAAUUAGUUAUAACAAUAUUAGUCAGGCUAAGUUAUUUGGUAAGAUCAAAACCGAUGUCAUUAAUUUAUUUAAUAUAUAAGACCAGCAUAUCAAAA